AAAAUUGGCGCCAAAAUCCCAUAUUUGCCGCCAAAAGGCAAGCACAAAAGCCCCCUGGGAUUCAAAAAGGAGACGACAGAGGAAAAAAAAAGGAGAAGAAGAAAGCAAAAUGGGGAAGGAGAAGCACUACUGGCUGCUCAAGACAGAGCCUGGAGAGUGGUCAUGGGAGGACCAAGCUGCCAACGAAGGCUUAUCAAACUGGGACGGAGUCAAGAACAAGCAAGCCCAGAAGAAUCUCAAGGCUAUGCAUCUUGGCGACCUCUGCUUCUUCUAUCACUCCGGCGCCAAGGCCCGCCGCGUCGUCGGUGUCGUCUCCGUCGUUCGUGAAUGGUACGAAGAGGGCGACGGCGGUGCUGGUGGUGCUGUGGAUGUGAGGUGUGUGGGGGAGAUGAGGAGGGCGGUGGACUUAGGGGAGAUGAAGAAGGAGAGUGGGCUGAAGGGGUUUGGGCUGUUCCGGCAGCCGCGGCUGUCGGUGGUUCCGGUGCCGGAGGAGGUGUGGAAGAGGGUCUGCGAGAUGGGAGGUGGGUAUGAAGGGGACGGGGGGGAAUCUGGAGAUGCGGAGGUGGGUGAUGAUGGCGGUGGGUGAAGCGAAGGUUGUGGCGCUGCCUUGCCUUUUUGAUGUUUGUGAAUAUGCCUCAAUGAAGGCGUUUGUUUUUUUGUUUCUUUUGUUUCUGGGUCUUUUUGUAGGAGGAAGACAAAGAAGAUGAUGAUGGAAAGUUUGUUAUAUUUUGUUUCCAGUGACCAUGAUUUUGAUGAUGGCUUUCACUGCAAAGAUUAACCACCCAAAUACUUCUUCAAAUUCAAAA